ACCACCACCACCCUGAUGUAACCACCGCUGUCACAACGGGGGGGAAACCAAGUGACAGAAAACCAGCGCGGCCUGAACACACCGCACCGAUGGAGGCUUCUGCUCGGGCGCCAGUUGGAUACUCGGAGGGGGUGAAGGAGGGUUUGAAAGCGGAUGAAGCCGCUCGUUCCUCGCGGGGCUGCGGGGCCGCCUGGGACGGUUGUUUGAAGAAAAUGCUCAACUUUAUACCCCCCGACUACCGGAAAGAGCUGUUUCAACUUUUCAAGCUGGCGGGACCUGUGGUGAUUUCCCAGAUGAUGGUCUUCCUGAUCAGUUUUGUCAGCACUGUGUUCUGUGGUCACUUGGGGAAAACUGAACUUGCAGGAGUAGCAUUAUCCAUAGCGGUGGUCAAUGUCACUGGUAUUUCCAUUGGAACUGGUUUAUCGUUAACUUGUGAUACCCUCAUAUCUCAGACAUAUGGGAGCGGUAACCUGAAGCGCGUGGGUGUGAUUCUCCAGAGGAGUAUUCUGAUUCUGCUGCUGGCCUGUUUCCCCUGCUGGGCUGUCCUCAUCAACACUGAACCUCUCCUACUCGCUGUCAAACAGAGCCCAGAGGUUGCCAGACUCGCCCAGCUGUACGUGACGAUCGUCAUGCCUGCUCUGCCGGCUGCUUUUAUGUACCAGCUGCAAGGGAGAUAUCUUCAAAACCAGGGAAUCAUAUGGCCUCAGGUCGUGACUGGAGUGAUUGCAAAUAUCAUCAACGCAAUCAUCAACUACGUCUUCCUCCACGUUCUGGAGUUGGGCGUUGCUGGAUCAGCUGCAUCCAACGCUAUCUCACAGUAUGUGCUGGCCGUGGUCUUGUAUGUCUACAUCUGCUGCAGGGGUCUACACAAGGCCACAUGGGGGGGUUGGUCAAUGGACUGUCUUCAGGAAUGGGGACCCUUCGUCCAGCUGGCCAUCCCCAGUAUGCUCAUGCUUUGUCUGGAGUGGUGGAUGUUUGAAAUAGGAGGAUUCCUGGCCGGACUGAUUAGCGAGGCUGAGCUGGGAGCUCAGUCCAUAGUUUAUGAAGUGGCGGUUAUAGCUUACAUGUUUCCAUUAGGACUGGCUGCUGCUGCCAGUGUACGUGUUGGAAAUGCUCUUGGUGCAGGAAACAUAGAGCAGGCCAAGUUGUCAUGCAAAAUCCCCAUCAUUUGUGCACUCGUGAUCGCCUGUGUUGUUGGAGCCGGCCUCAGCAUUGUCCGAAAUGUGAUUGGAUACAUCUUCACAACAGAGCCGGACAUUUUAAAGAGGGUUGCUGAUGUCAUGGUUGUAUUUGUCUUCUCGCAUCUUGCCGAUGCUGUUGCAGCUGUGGCUGGCGGUGUUCUCAGAGGAGCAGGAAAACAAUUGGUUGGUGCCCUGUGUAACUUGGUGGGAUUCUACUUCAUCGGUUGCCCUAUUGGUGUGUCCCUAAUGUUUGCAGCAAACAUGGGCAUUGUAGGACUUUGGAUAGGGCUCACAAUUUGUGUGCUGGUCCAGUCGAUUUUCUUCGUCACAUUUGUGUUCAAACUUGAUUGGAAGAAGGCCGCUGAAGAGGCUCUUGCGAGAGCAGGAAUCCAGGUCAAAGAAGAAAGAGAGAUGGUCGUGAGAGGAAGUGCAGACACAAACCAGAACCAGGUCACUGCAUCCGGUGCUGAGGAGGAUAACACAUAUGAGGAGUUGCCUACUUCUGGCCUAAAUGUAUCCAACAGCACUACAGUGGGCGAUAUCCUGUCGAAAUCCCAGCUGGUCUUACGUCGUGGGCUGACUUUGCUGAUCAUGGUCCUCAUCCUGGUCGCUGGAAUCUUUGCAAGCAACUUCCUCACCAGGCUGCUGAAAUGAAAUCAUCAGCUGCAAUAGAGCUGGCUGCCAGGAUCCUUGGCGUCUUCGGGCCGCUGGACCACACUUUCUACAAUGAAUUACGUUAGUAGUGAGUGGGUUACUAUUAAUCGCACGGAGGACCACCCCCCCAUUUGACUGGAGAUUAGACAGACAUGGCAAACUGGGUGGAAUAGCUGGCAAGCCGGGAAAGCCCCAAAAUUCACAUUCCCUUUAACAAGCACUGUGGUAAAAACCAAACCAGCUAUGAUGGAUUAUUAAACUGAUAAAUAGCUGAAUAUAAAUAAAUCGCUCACUUUUGCACAGAGGAAAUAUUGAUAUUGAACGGUUUAAUUAAUAUUGCCUGAUUAAAUUGUCAGGUCCUAUUGAAGCGGUGUUGAUGGUUGGCAGACCUCCGCCAAUGACACCAGCCGCUGCACCAUAAGAACAGAGCUUAGUGAAAGUGGACGGAUUCACAACCCUCAAACCAUUGGAAGAAUGAAAAAAAAUGUAUAUAGUAUAUGGAAAGAGAAAACCCAAGAAAGGGAAAGAGAUCAAGAAAUGAAUGUCUGAAAGAUAAAAGAUAAAACAACAGAACAAUAAUAAAAUCCUCUCAAAACAGAGA